AUGAACAAUCGAAGCUCAAGCCAGGCGAGCUCCGCCAACCGCAUCUGGCAAGACGGCGAGAUCGCAUUUCUCAAAGGCUCCGAACAUUUUUCCGCGAAAGACUACCAAGACCUCAUUGCUUCAGGUCAUCUACAUCCCAAAGCCGCCAGACACCCAGUUAUUAUACUUACGGCUGGUCCCGGUCGUGCUAUUGUUACGACCGUCACAGCCUUCAACUCUGGGCCCCAGAACAACUUCCUCCCGCCUUGGAGAAUGCUUGCUCACCAAGAGAAGAAUUUGGACGACUAUCACGCUUUCAUCGGAACGAAACUGCCACCACAAAGCCCCAACGCCCACCUCAAGCUCUCUGACUCGGCAGCCAAGAUGAACAAGCCACGAGCAUCUUGGGUCUAUAUCAAACACCUCUACACGGUACCAUACACGGUCCUACUCCGGUGGGAUAAGGUCAUACAACAGCUGCGAGUCUCAGAGGGGAGCCUAGCGCAACUCAGAGCAGAUAUCGAGAGGAACUACGGAGUCUACUCCAUCUCACAGGACAUUUCAGGUCCGUCAGACUCCUCAACGCCCUCAGCCACAGCAAUGGUGCCCUACACCGUAUCAACAUCAGCGGUGUGA